AGUCACGCGACCAGCCAAUCUCCCGGCGGCGCUCGGGGAGGCGGCGCGCUCGGGAACGAGGGGAGGUGGCGGAACCGCGCCGGGGCCACCUUAAGGCCGCGCUCGCCAGCCUCGGCGGGGCGGCUCCCGCCGCCGCAACCAAUGGAUCUCCUCCUCUGUUUAAAUAGACUCGCCGUGUCAAUCAUUUUCUUCUUCGUCAGCCUCCCUUCCACCGCCAUAUUGGGCCACUAAAAAAAGGGGGCUCGUCUUUUCGGGGUGUUUUUCUCCCCCUCCCCUGUCCCCGCUUGCUCACGGCUCUGCGACUCCGACGCCGGCAAGGUUUGGAGAGCGGCUGGGUUCGCGGGACCCGCGGGCUUGCACCCGCCCAGACUCGGACGGGCUUUGCCACCCUCUCCGCUUGCCUGGUCCCCUCCCCUCUCCGCCCUCCCGCUCGCCAGUCCAUUUGAUCAGCGGAGACUCGGCGGCCGGGCCGGGGCUUCCCCGCAGCCCCUGCGCGCUCCUAGAGCUCGGGCCGUGGCUCGUCGGGGUCUGUGUCUUUUGGCUCCGAGGGCAGUCGCUGGGCUUCCGAGAGGGGUUCGGGCUGCGUAGGGGCGCUUUGUUUUGUUCGGUUUUGUUUUGUUUUUUUGAGAGUGCGAGAGAGGCGGUCGUGCAGACCCGGGAGAAAGAUGUCAAACGUGCGAGUGUCUAACGGGAGCCCUAGCCUGGAGCGGAUGGACGCCAGGCAGGCGGAGCACCCCAAGCCCUCGGCCUGCAGGAACCUCUUCGGCCCGGUGGACCACGAAGAGUUAACCCGGGACUUGGAGAAGCACUGCAGAGACAUGGAAGAGGCGAGCCAGCGCAAGUGGAAUUUCGAUUUUCAGAAUCACAAACCCCUAGAGGGCAAGUACGAGUGGCAAGAGGUGGAGAAGGGCAGCUUGCCCGAGUUCUACUACAGACCCCCGCGGCCCCCCAAAGGUGCCUGCAAGGUGCCGGCGCAGGAGAGCCAGGAUGUCAGCGGGAGCCGCCCGGCGGCGCCUUUAAUUGGGGCUCCGGCUAACUCUGAGGACACGCAUUUGGUGGACCCAAAGACUGAUCCGUCGGACAGCCAGACGGGGUUAGCGGAGCAAUGCGCAGGAAUAAGGAAGCGACCUGCAACCGACGAUUCUUCUACUCAAAACAAAAGAGCCAACAGAACAGAAGAAAAUGUUUCAGACGGUUCCCCAAAUGCCGGUUCUGUGGAGCAGACGCCCAAGAAGCCUGGCCUCAGAAGACGUCAAACGUAAACAGCUCG